AGCAGCCGCCGCCGCCGCCAUGAACGCCCCGCUGCUGGCCGCGCUCUGCGCCCUGGCCGCGCUCUGCCUCUGCCGCGCAGAGGACUCCCGGAGCGUCAAGGACUCGCCCAUCUCGGAAGCUUUUGUCUCCAGACGUGCUGGGGUGGAAAUCGUGAAGCGACAGAAGAGGAACUAUAACAGGUGGGUGGCCCCAGGUGUGCCCGUGGACCCCCUCGAGGCCCAGCGGGAGGUCUGCGAGCUGAGCCCCACCUGUGACGAGCUGGCCGACCAGAUCGGCUUCCAAGAAGCAUACCGGCAGUUCUACGGGCCGGUCUAGCCCGCUGGCGCUUCUGCGG